GCGACUUUCCAGCUUAAAGCAGAAAUUCAAAAUGGCGUCGGAUCCUGGUUUUGUCCCGACGGCUGUGAAUGUGGAAAUUGAAGGCGAUAUAACUGUGCCUGGUGCCCCAGAGGAAGACGAAGAACCUAGCACUCUAGAUGAACCUGUUUCUGUUACUUUAAAGCGAGAUUUGACCGCAGUUGGCAAGAAAUUCCUUCAUGUACUAGUUCCAAGACAAAGUAAAAGCCUCCUGCGUGAUUGGGAUCUAUGGGGUCCUUUAAUUCUCUGUGUUCUUCUGGCGAUGAUGCUGCAAGGCCAUACUGUGGUUGACAGUUACAGUGAUGGAGGACCUCAGUUUGCUGAGGUGUUUGUGGUGGUCUGGGUUGGAGCUCUGGUUGUUACAGUUAAUUCCAAGUUACUUGGUGGAACAAUAUCCUUUUUCCAGAGUGUUUGUGUUCUAGGAUAUUGUAUUCUCCCAUUGGAUAUAGCAUUGACUGUGUGUCGGUUGAUUUUAUUCACUAAGCAGACACUGGCUUUAUUUGCUGUUCGAUUUAUUGUUGUCAUAUUAGGAUUUGCUUGGUCGACAUUUGCUUCUGUGAAGUUCCUUGGUGAUAGCCAGCCGGCAAACAGGAAAGCUCUCACAGUUUAUCCUAUAUUCUUGUUUUACUUUGUCAUCAGUUGGAUGAUUAUUUCUCAUUCGGGCUGAAUACACGAAGCUAAAUGCCUUUUGACAAGUAGGCAAACAUCUUUACAGUCGAAGGUAGAAAGAGAACUUCCGGUUCACAAAAGUAAGGGUUUUGUCGAGGACUGUCAUGUAGGCAACGAGUAUUUCAUGACAGGAGCAAACGAAAUCGAGAAAGAAAAGCUGUGCAAAGUUGUGCAAAGUUGUGCAAAGCCGGUUUUAUUAUGUCUCUGGUUAUUUAGAGAGAAGCGAGUCUUGUUCUUUUAGUUUCUUCACCACUAUUGGUCACCAGUUGUUGUAAUAGUCGUGCGGGUUGUCAUGCAAUCGUAAUACUGCGUGACGAACCACCGUCACGCUUACCCAAAGAAGUACAGUAGUUUUGUUUAUAAUCCUCUCGGUCAGAAACUCGUCUAAUCUUUUCCCUCUCCAUUCAAUAACGUAUUUUUGUCUCAAAAAUCAGCCUGAUGAAUCGUCGUGCUAGAGUUCUUUUAUGAAGGAGAAAAAGUACUCCCAGUGAAUUUGAAGUCUAUACCCUUUUUUGUCAUUUUUACAGACAAAGUGUUAGCGAUCGGACUUGUCUGUAUUCUUAGGCACAUUGACAAGGCCUAUAAAACAUUAAAGAAUUCAGAACGUUUAAAAAAAUCAAGCAAACGAAACAAAAUGAAAAGAAAAACACAAAACAUGUCAUGAAAUAAUUAAUCAACUGAGCCAGCCAAACGUUACGAAACUGUUGGAAGUUGUUUCACGAACAAGAAUAUUAUGACAAUCGAUGGGUGGAGGUUAUUACCGACUUUAAAAGUACGACUAUUUAAGUUAAAGCUUUAUGUAGUGCAUAACUGAAAUAA